GGUUUUAAAUUUUAAUUUUUUCGUUUGCAAACCUUGGUCCAAGGUUAUUCGAUUUUUGUCUGGUAUCCUUUUUAAUUACCCCGCCCUAUCUUCUACGUUAAUAGUGUUUCGGUCUGCCUUGUGAGGCUGCCCAACUGCACGACACCAACUCAAUAUCACUGUCUUUGUCCGGGCGCUUACACUUUAAGCUUCUGCCCCCUCAUUGCUUGCCUCCUUUUUCCCCCCGUCCCGUUGCGGGAACGUCUACUCUAUGCUACCCUACAUUGAGGUCUCAGAUCUUCCUCCAUCUGCAUCAUUUUACUCCGCUGUCACUCAUCCCCUUGGACUCCGGUAUAUAAGUGCAAAUCCAGGUGCUAUUGUCUACGGUGCGCCGUCUCCAACUGACCCCAACACCAACACUCCAGUCUUCGAAGUUAGGAGUGUUGGAGGCCGUGCCGAGCCACGCCAAAACGCACGACUAGUGCUUUCGGCGUCCUCGCCUUCGGAAGUGAAAGCCUUUUACGCGGCGGCGCUGCGGGCAUACCCUGAUCUACCGCUGAUCGGCGGAGCUGAGGACCAAUCCCACCGCCACUCUGACGCCGACCUGACUAGUGGCAACUGCCGUUCAGAAAUUCGCGACCUCGACGGCAAUAUAAUGGAAGUAGUCUAUCUCCCUCCUGCUGGAUACCCACCUAGCCAUAAUGGUUCAACUGUUCGUCGCACAUCAUCUACCACCCACGAAGUGAGCCGCAUUCUGGAUUGGAACCUGGACGUCGCUACUUCGCAGCCCUCAAAAUCCGUCGUCGCCGGAUCUCCUGGUGAGGCACUUGCACGGCGCCCGUCUGCUACCGCCGAGGGAGAGCCUUACGUCCUGAGGAGGAGCGUUACCACAUCUGUUGUCGAGACCUCGACGCCCCCUCCACAGGAGAAAUCGAACGGAUUGAGCACCAGUGCCGUCGUCAGUACGGUUCUCGGAGCCGUCGCCGCCGGUGCAGCUAUUGGUGGAGCCCUGACUUACAUGAACAUGAGGAGCCAACGUGAUCGGGCCCCGCGGCAGGACUUUGAUCCUCCGGCGUUUGCACGUCGAGCUACUGAGCCUGUGCCCGACCACAGGCCUCGCUAUGUCGAAAGGACUGUGGAGAAGGUUUACUACGCGGAUCAGCUGCCACCCGUCAAGAAUCGUCACUAUCCGCCGCCCACAUACAUGGCCAAGUACUCUCAGGCCGGCACCCAAAGUCGGGAAGUUGAAGAGCUCGAUGAUCGGUCUAGUCGGCAUUCCACACGUCAAAGUACUGCUGGGAAAUCUCGCACCAGGAGCGAGGCAGGCUCAACCCGCCAGCCUCUGAUGAUUGCGGACGCUGAAUACAUGAGUGCUGCGGGUUCCAAGUAUACCACAAACCCCAAGUUGCUCAUGGACAAGGAGCAUAACAGCCAGGCUGAUUACUGGAGUCGCGCCCCGUCGAAGCAUUCCGUACCGCGUUCCAUGAGUCGUGCGCCUGAGGAAGCGGAAACAUAUGUCUCAUCCAGGAGCAAACAUCAUGAACCCGGGCCUCGAUCGUACAUGUCCUCCCGCAGCAAAUCGUAUCACGAGCCUGUAGCCGAGACGUACGUCUCUUCUCGGAGCAAAAGCCACGCUCCCGAUGCUUCAACUUAUGUCUCAUCUCGGAGUAAAAGGUCGGAACGGUCAGACAGGUCGGAAACUACCAUUAGGCCAGUCAGACAAUCUACGGUCUACGAAGCGCCUCAGUCUGUCGUAUACGGAGAGAUACCCAUCAGGUCGGCGGCACCCUCAAGGGCGCCGACUAAGGUGCACUCGAAGGCGCCCAGCCGUCACUCGGUUGCCCGUUCAUCGGCGACGACGGCCAUGAAGGUUCCGGUCAUGUCUACCGCCGGUAGCCGUGCUGCACCUAGAAUGGUUCCGUUACCUGAAAGCCACGUGAGCUAUACCUCUCACUACCCGGCUGCCAUUCCUCUACCUCGAAGUAGUAUCGAAUACGACGAUGACAACGAUAGCAUCGCUCCUAGCGAUAGCAUCAGCUGUAUUGGCACCCGCAGUAGGAGAUGAUACCAAUCUAUCCAAAGGCGAUGCGAAGUCUUGUUCAUUCGUUAAGACUGGGUUACAGGCCUCACUGCUAGCUGGGGUGUUAUGGCCUAUUGGACCCGCUCAAGAGGGGAAAGACGACAGAAUCUCUCGCUUUCAAGU